GCCUUGUUAAGAAAACACACAAAGUUUAACAACGGCGCUACAAUUCGUCCGUCCUAUCAGACUCAUAAAGACCGCGAGAUUUUAAUGUCUAAUUCUACGGAUUUUCGGCUACAAACCUCGGUAUUAUGUCACUCUUUCCUACUAGCUAGUACAAAUAAACAAGAUGCCAGUUACUUGACUGAUUUAGUUGACAACUCGAAUACUGAUCUAACUUUAGUUCCUAAUGGACAAGAGAUUAUCAAAUCAUUGCUUCAAUUGGUCAGAGAUUUUAAUCAACGUUUCAGUCGAACACAUGAAAUAGAACCAGUCGCUGAAAGUUUGGGUAUCGAUUCCGACAAACCAGUUGAUAAGACAGCUUUGGAAAUAUUCUAUCUUGAAAUAUUAGAUGGCUUAUUUGAAAAAUUAAACUGGGGACGUAUUGUAGCAAUGUUUGCAUUUCUACGUAUACUGGUCUUAAGAUUAUCCAAACAUGGACAUAGUGAUGCAAUAAAGAUGCUUAUCAAAAUAACAAGUCAGUAUUCCGAUGAGAAGUUGAAGAAUUGGAUUGAUCUUCAUGAUGGUUGGGUACGUCGUUUACCUUUACUUACCAUAUUCAUUUUUCUUUGAUCCAACCAAAAUUCUUAGAAUGGAGCCUUUUUUCUCUUAAAAGUUAGUAAUCUUGUGGAGCGUUUGGUUAAGCCAAAUCCUUGAUUAAAGAAGACAAGUAUCCUAUGGAUUUGGAUCGGAAACUCAUAAAUUUCAUGAUUUGCUAUUAAAUCCUCUCAGUAUUCCUGACAUAACAGCUAGUUAAUAUAACUGUAUAUACUGUGUUUGUCUAGCUAGUCGACUCUGAUUGCUGUCAUUAUUUUAACUCCAUAUUUGACUUUUUAAAUUUUACCCAAAUGUGUAACAAUCUUGAUCGAUGCAUACUUUUGGAAUAUGCUAUUUCGUUUAUUACUCACUUCCAUUUGUUUUUAAAAUAAUUAAGAUUUGUAGGGCUACAGUAGAUUUAUAUCCUAAGAGUUUUUUUAAUUGGAUAGUCUUAUGAAUCAUAAAGUACUUGUCCCAUCUUAGUUUUCUCUGUCCCAUAGUUAGGUGAUUCUCGUUAUAUUAUCCGAGUUUUUCUUAAACUUUUACAGUCAUUCACCAGUGCGUAGUUGCAGCAACAUUAUUAGCAGCGGAUGUGUAAUUGAUCUACUAGCUUACACUGAGAACCUUCAGUUAGUGAGUCGUGGGUUGGGGAAAAAUAAGCCUAUCGAGGUUUAUAUUGCCGGAUAGCAAUACCAUUGGCUGUCAUACGAAUCAAAUGUGCCUCGUACUCUCUUGCGAAAAUCUGUUCAUGGUAAUCCAAAAGGGCGGGUUCAGUUUUUAUACUAAAGUUUUUGUUCAAGCUGAAUCCAUUCAUGUAGUAAUAAUGGCCAAUAACCUUGGAUUAUACCGUUUCUCUGUGAAAUGUUUAAUCUGUAAUACCUUUUAGAUUUAGAUAUUGUAAUAAGGAGACGAAGAUUAUUAGAAUUAUGUGAUAUAUUAGCGCAAUGCAUUUCGAACAAUCUGACCAAAAGCAUACUUCUUAAGAACAUUCAUAUAUGAAAAAUUAAAAGGUCAAUUAAACAAGUGGAACGUAAGGGGAAACCAAGAUAACAAGUAAAAUAAUGUUUAAGAAUGUGAAAUUCACCACGCUGAAUAAUAAAACAGUAUUACCAGGGUUGGUCAAGGGUGUGAAUAAACUGUUUUUGAAUACAAAAGGGGCUUCAAUUUUCGUAUGACUAAGGCCUCAAUAAACCUUAGUUUACGCCUUUAAACACUUGUACAAGCUAAAGAAGCUGAGCUAAAAUCAAUUUUAUGACCUGUUUCAACCAUGUAUUUAGUAAUAGAGGACGAUGAAUGUUUGUCAUAUACUCUUAUAUACUACUUAUGUCGACAUAAGUAGCACACACCACCGCGGGUCUCUUUAUACUGCGAUUUUUCCAUCGAUUUAUGAAUUUUAAAAAAUAAUCAUUUUCCACUAAUAUUUUGUUCAACAACCUCAUUUAAUCAUCAAUAGCAUCGUUUGUACAAAUACGAUUAAUCCUGUUAGACAGGGUCUCUAUUUGAUAGUAGUCUUUGUCUUCGUAUUACGCUAUCCAAAUUUAUCAGAGGGACUUGCUGUUUUAAACCCUACGGAUUGUUUGACAUCAUCACUGAUCAUAUUCUGAGGCCAUUUAUGGUUGAUGGUUUUUAUAACAUCCGAUAUGCAUACACUUACUACAAUUUCUUCACAUUUCACACCAAAUGACACAUGCGCUCUACAACAAAUCCCACGUUGAACGUUAUUGAGAUUGGAUAAUUUAUUUAGUACGAAGUUAAUUUGUCAAUCAUAUUUACAUUCGGUAGUUUUAAUGUUUGAUUGUUUCCCUAAAGAAGUUUGGGCCAGACCGCCGAGCGAAAUGUUAGAGUUAUUCUGAUUUCAAUCAUUGGGGAUUUUUACAAAUAUGAUUUUCUUUUUCAGUAUUCUGCUUCGAUAUUUUCUGUUCUAAUUUCGAUUUUCUAUUACAGUCUGGAUUAAUCGAAUUCAGUGGUCGCCAAUUUGUAAAUGAUGGACAGGAACUAAUUUGGAAAACACUACGCAAUGUUGGUGGGCUUGCCACUGGAGCUGUUGGAGCACUGGGUUUAGCUGCUCUUGUCGGUUAUAUCGCAAAUAAGAUUUAAUUAUAUGGCAUUAUGCUUAUAAAAUAUUGAUCGGGCUUUCGUUUAUUAGUAAUAUCAGCAGGACUACCACUACCGCUGUUAAUUUCUUUUUUUGUAAUUACUCAUCCUCUUACCACUAAAGAGGACAAUUAAUACCUUUUCUGUGCUUACAUCCUCAAUAUGUGUUAUGUGAUUGAAAUGUUUUGAAACUUUCCUUUCUUUUUUUCUCUGAGUUCAUCAAUAUUUGCUUUCUUGUUGUGCCUAUAAUAAUAAUAAAAAUAAUGAAAGUAACAAUCAUUAUUAUUCUCUGUGCCUGACAUUUCAUCGUUUUAUGUUAAAGUCCUUUUUUCACAAGUUUACUCGUCACUAUUUUGGAGCAAUCUAAAUCACAAGUUAAUGAAUUAACAUUUCACAUAAAACAUUGUAGAUAGUUAAAAAUAAUAAUAAUUAAUUGUUGUAUCAUCUUUAUCCAAAACUAUGAGUUAAACUGAUACUGUUUUUUUCAUUUUCCUUUUGUUUAUAAGGAAACAAAAUCUAUUUCCCUGUAUUUAGUAUCCCCAUCCCCUUGUUUCAUCAUUUUACAUAUGUUGUUUUCCUCUUAAAUAACAUAUUUAUCUAGUCUUUACAUCAUUUAUCAUCUAACAUUAUUGACAUCAUUGUUGGUUAAUUUUUAGCGCCUUACCUUUACUACUUAUUUGGUGUGUUGUGUGUAUUGAAAAAGGUGUAAUUUCCGUGUAAUAGUGAAGUUUUAUCAAAUAAUGUGUAUGCAACACCUGCGCAUAUAUAUAUGAUGGUGGUUUCUACUACUGCUUUUUUUUUUCUGUGCAUACAUGCAUUUAUCUAUUGAAGUUCAGUUGCUUUUGAGUUAAAUUUGUUAGCUUAUUUAUUUUUGAUAAGCAUGCUUGUUUCUAAAGAUUGGAGAAUGUAUUCUGUACACAUUGGAUAUAUAUGGUGUUAUGUAUUGCACUUACAAUGGUUUCUAAAUUAUAUAACAUCCAACUCUACCUA